CCCACCGCCUCCAGAAACUUACCUUAUUUACCAAAUCUACCCCCACGACGUGCGAUACCAGAAGAAACCGCCACCCUUAAAACCCCACUAAACUUCACUCCCGCAAUCCGCCCAACCCUUCGCAUCAGAUGGACUCCGCUUCAUUCCCUCUCAUCUUCUUCGACGGCGGCCUAGAGUUCGACGCCGGCGACAUCCUCGUCCACCCAUCUCUACAAUUCAAUGUCUUCAUCUCCCUCAUAAGCCAGAAGGUCGGGAUCUCCCCGCACCGGAUCUCCACCUAUCUGGUACGUCGGAAGAUGAUCACCGCCUCGCCGGAGCUCCGUCGUAAGUUGCCAAUACACGAAUCGUCCGAUUUCGCAUCGAUUGCCGAGCAGAAAGACUGCCACAUCCUUGCCAUUACGAAGGGGUCCCGGAAGGCGAGAGUGCGGCGCCGCGGCGAGCGAGGCAAGGCUGCGGCGGCGAAAGCGGAGAUAAUCGUGCCGGAGAAGACGAUCUUGAAGAGAUCUUCGGCCAUUGAUGUUCCCGGACCGGUGGGGCAGCGGUUUUGGAAUUACGAGAGGCAGCUACGGUAUAUGCAGAGGAAAAUGUAUCUGAUGUUGACGGGGAUGGCUUGCGCGUCGCUGGCAGCGGAAGUGGCGGCUAUGGAUCCGGCAGCUUCAUCGGAAUGGGCGGCGGGAGAGGAUCCGGCAGCUUCAUCGGAAUUGGCGGCUAUGGAGGCGAGUACGUGGGAGAUGAUCACUGCGGCGGCGGAGAAGUUGGUGGAGCUGGUGAUUUGUGAGGGGUGCCUGGCGGCGGCGCGUGGACGGUCGGAUGAUUUCCACUUCUGCGUGUACGAUAAGGUGACGGUGGGAUUCCGUUCUACGGUGGGGCCCAUUCAGAGGCCGUCGCACUAGUACGUUGGUCUGGUUUCUUACAUAUGUAAUUAUUAUCACUAGUAGUAUAGUUAGGAUGUUGUUUAGGGCACUUGUCUUAUGUUGCACUUGGGGUAUAAACUAGGGGAGAGAGCGAGGGAAUGACACGUGGAGGUUAAUGUGGGGUUUUUAGUAUUGGUCUGGAUUAGCUUGAGUUAGUUUUUUUUAGCUGUGUCUGGGAAGCUGCAUCCUUGCGAUGGUAGUUUCUCUCAAAAGUUGUAUAGUUUAUUGUUGGAAGAUUGGAACACGUAAUGACUAAUUAUGUAAUUAAUGAUUUUAAUUGUUCUGUGAGCUUGAUG